AUCUUGGUAUGUGUGGCCUUUCUCAGCGAAGCGGGGGGUUCAAUAUAGUCAUCUGUUUCAGUUUCGUCGAAUGCGUCUCUGUCCUUCCUGUUUACCUGGACGCAUUGCUUCACAUGUGGUGUAGAUAGACCGACUCCUUGAACAUUAAUCAAAUGAAGAGGAAAUUGACAGUGUCUUGGAUGAGUCGAUGACGUGGAGUGUAGACCUGCAUUUUCUUCUUAUUACUGUACAGUGUACUACGAUUUAUUGUUUGUACCAAUGACGUAAACACCAUGUAAAACGAUUGUCAAGAAAAAGAGCUAACACUUUACAUUGCUUACUGAACUUGUCAUCGCACAGUUACAAUGUUCCGAACACGACGCUUAUAUCGCCCUGUGUUGUUGCUGGCAAUGGCCAUGGGUUGCUGUGUAAUGGGAUACAUGUUGGUUUUACACCAAGAUGCAAGUUCAGUACACAGUCUUAUGAAUAUACCGGAAAACAUUCAUAAUUUCCAGGAAUAUCAACGUGUGCAUGAGAAAGAUGCUUUACAUAUUGAUUCUUCAAACAAUGAUAAAAUUGAACAGAUUGCAAGUUUAUUAGGAGUAGAUGUUAACCUCAAUCAUGAAGCUGAUGUUUCAAAUAAAAUUCUUCAAAUUGAGCUGCUCCUUGAUAAAUUUCGUACUCAAGGUGACGACAAACAAGCUGGCAAUGUUCUAAAGGAAAUACAGUCUGUGUUACAAUUCAGUUCAAAUGAUAGGACUAACAAUAAUAUAACAUCAGUUAAUAAAACUGUUGCAGUCGAAGAGAAGGUUUCUGCUGAGAGUAUAUUAGAAAAUAUUGAAAAUCUUUUAGAACAGCCAGUAGUGCCACCACCUCCCAUACCGAAGGUUAAACUAGACAUAAAGCCAUAUAUUAAAGAACCAAAUUUCAAACCAUCGAUUUGUUCUAAGACAGUGACCAAAUAUGCCGAGAAAUCUGCUUGGUUUAAAAGUCGACACAUUCCAGAUAUUAAAAUAUUCAUGGAUAAAUAUGAUGUUAACAAUUUUACAAAUUACUACAAGUUGUCGCAUUAUGGAUUACCGUUUGGCAUUAAAGGUGUUGACAGGAAAGUCCUGGCACAAGUGUUAAACAAUCCAAAUUUCACUAACCCGAACCUGUUUCCAAAUACGAGGCCAAAUUGUGUCCGGUGUGCUGUGGUUGGGUGUGGUGGUGUAUUGAAUGGGUCUAAUGCUGGAGAGGAAAUUGAUGGCCAUGAUUUUGUAUUCAGGCUAAAUAGAGCUUUGACAAAAGGUAAAUUUGGUAAAGAUACAGGGGUUAGAACGUCAUUUUAUACUUUUUUCCCUGAAUCUCAGUAUACGAAGGAAGUUCAAGAUCAAACGAAUGCCAAAUUUAUUUACGUUAAUUUCAAGAAGUAUGACGUUGACUACGCCAACAACAUGCUGCGUGGAGUUAAAUCCCCACCUAUGAUUUCAUAUGCCCGCAAUAAAACAUGGUAUCCACCAAAACCUUUAUUGAAUGUCCAAAAUCUUUAAAAUUGUUCAUCCAGACUUUAUGCGAUACGUUUUCACACGGUUCCUGGACUUUAAAGCAUACAGACCCACAACAGGUGCAUUGGUUGUGUUUUUAGCUCUUCAUAUUUGUGAUGAAGUCAACAUGUAUGGGUUUGGUUAUGAUUCUCGUUUUUCCAUACAUUACUAUGACACUAAGUACAUUGCACUUACCAAAGCAUCAGUGGCCUCACAUGAUGUCGACAAUGAGAGACAAUUGUGGCAGAAAUUGACUGAUCAAGGCAUUUUAUACCUCUAUAACAGAACAGAUGUAUAGACCAUUUAUUUUUAUAGAUGAAUGCCAACAAACUUUCAUGUGAUCACCCUUUAUAUUUUACAAGAAAUCACACUAGAUAUAAUGAAG